AUGGAGCGAGGCAGGGCUUUGGCUUCAAGGAGUCUUUCCAAGCUGGAGAUCUCGAGCCAGGCCGAGAUUCUCGAGUGGCUUGACCUUCGUGGCGAUUACGACGACUACGUCCAAGAUCCGCGAUAUCCCUGGCCACACAGCUUCAUCGUCCAAGACAUUGUUCAAGCAUUCGCUAUGAUAGCCAUGUUCAUCCCAGACUCAAAUGUCACAAAGCUAGUCACCAUGUUUGUCAACUCAAGCCAGUGCGACGAGUUCUGA